GUGGCCUUUUUCGUGACGUCAUAUGCACUUUCAAAGAUGGCGGUCGCCGUGUCAAUGUUUCGAUGGCUGGAUUUGUUAGAGAAAGAAUUUGACAAGACUUUCGUUGAUCUGGACAUUUUGUUAGGGGAAAUUGACCCAGACCAAAGCGAAAUAACUUACGAUGGACGUCAAAAAAUGACGCAGCUUUCGUCUAGUUUCGCACAACUCGUUCACAAGGCGCAGACAAUAUUUCAAGGAAACGCAAAGUUAGAGGUAGGAACCAAAGGUUGUUUAUUUUUUAACAAGCUUUUGUUUUGUUUUGUGUUGUCUUUUCUCUUGAAGCCAUCCAGGUGAUUCUUCUCCUAGAUUUAAUAUAUUGUUUUAAGAAAAGGGACGCUGCCUGUAUGUACAAGGAGCCAGCAGCUUUCUGACUGUUUUUAUUUGAAUAUUAAAAAAAGUAUUAAUUAAGCUUAUUAAACACGGGAUUUCUUUUAUAACCAUGCCAAUGGUGAUAAGCCCAACUUAUAUAUUUCGCAAGACCAGAGAUUACUUUUACAGUGUGGAUAAAAAUCAGCGUUGAAUGCCAGCUUGGUCGUUUCUUUUUAAUAAUUUUGUGAUAUUUACCAACCCAUGGCUAAUAAUUAAAUUCUGUCAUCUUUUUCACACGGCACUUGAGUAAUUACUGGUGUAGAAUUAUAUAUUCCUGCUAGACAGAAAAGACUUAUAAGAAAUGCAGAAUCUACUAGGAAAAACAGUGAAAAUGGAGUUGUUGCGGGAAGUCUAUGUACAGGCAUAUAUGUACAAGCUAAACUGUAUUGUUAUCAUUGAUGAAAUUUUCAAAGUUCUGCCAUUUUGGCCUUUGGAGUUUGCUUAAGUAUUUAAAAUCAAGUUGGGGGAGCAUAUUGUUCAUCAGAAAGUGGAUAUUGUUGUGCUGCAGCUGUAAAUUAUAAAUUUCAUUGAUUUCUGUUUUGGUUUAGUUACAGUAUUGAAUAAGUAUUAGAUCUUGUUAACACAUUCUUUCAAGGGUUUUUAAUAUAUCCCUUGGAUACAAACAAAUGAAAUACUUGGCAAGUCUGUAUUUCUCUUGUACAGUAUUAUUAGGCCUUAGGUCUGAUUUUUGUACUGCCAUGCAAAGUGGUACCAAAGGCCCGAAGCUCUCACCUGUGAAUUCCAGGGUGUCGACCAGUUUAUAUAAGCUCAUGUGAAAAACAUUUCCUGAACACCUAAGGGUGUAAGUGCUUACGAGUUGCUAGAUUAAGUUGCUAGCAGCUUCCAUUCCAGACUCUGUUAGAGUACUGUGUGUGAAUUCUAGGAGCAGCUAAAAAUGCAAUGAACACCAUCUUGAAAUGAACAAAGUCUUAUGCAUCACUCAAUUCCAGGUGUACCCAUGGCCCUCCCCCCUUCCUGGCAACUGCAGGGCAUUUGUCCGCCUUGUCUGUCCCACGAGUGGGGCAUUAGCAAAUUUUGCACAGUGUGAGGGUUGGGUAUUUGCUAACCCUGGGGCCAACCCCAAGCUUUUGGCUUGUACUUGCGUCCCUAUCCAAACAUACAUGGAGGAUUUUACUGAAAACACAAUCACAUUCAAAGCUCAUCUGUCAUGGACAGGAAAAACUCAUAGCGGUUUUUUAAGGCAUGUUGUCUUGAUUUUAUCCCUGCAUUUCUUCAUUUCUUAUAAAGACAGAAGACAGGAGCUAUCAAUGUGAAUCAACACAAAAACCAUAAAAAUCAUUUUUUCUUCAUGGAAUGAAAUUUCUGUUGACCUAGGAUUUGAAUCAGUUUAGUGUUGAUGAUACAUGUAUUUCUAAUUUCUACUCAGAAGAGGUAACUUUAAAUACAGCUCACUCUCAACAACCUAUUUUAAAGAAGAUAAACGACAAUAUUAUAAGAAUCAUGAAGCGGUGUCCUCUCACGUCAACUCUCAACUAGAAUGGCACUAUAACAAAGGUAGAAUUUUAAAAAAAAUCACACACUAAAACACACUACUCAACUAUGUGGUCAAUGAAAAUUGCUGCAGUGUUAAUGGAGGACGGGGCAUUUGCCCUCUUUUUUCGUCCUCGCUGGGUAUUUGCCAUCCAAGGCCAAAACAAAAAUGCUAAUGCCUGGGUGUUAGCCCAGGGUGGGGGGAGGGAUGGGGUUGUUUGCAUUGUUCCACUUGGAAUGACUGAUGCAUUAUGCAGUCUCUCAACAUGAUCUAAUGACCAUUGCAAACACCUGCUUGGGAAUAUGUGGUCUUUAAUGGGGAAGAAAAUCCAAGUUGGGGAUACUUAAAUUAGAGGAUUUAAUAUAUUUAGACAGUGCUCUUUUUAUGCAUGAUUAAGAAGCCCUAGGAUUUCAAGGUAGCAAUAGUUUCCACUACCAUGUCAUUACUGUGAUCUUAAAACAACAAAACUGAGAAAUAGUUUCCCAGUGACACGUCCUGAUAUAUUCAGACUGAGGGAACAAAAUAUACAAAUAUAAUAUUUUUCCACUUGGAUUCUUAACUAGUACAACAAUUCUUUAUGACUCAGCUUGUGUAUAAACAAAAUUUUAAAAAAUGCUACUGUUUUUCUAUUGUCCACCAUCUUGAAUCGUUCCGAAAGUGCAUUGUACGUUACUGAUGACUCACGUAUGAAAGAUGUUUUACAGUUAGCAGCAACGAUUGUUAUGGCUUCCAGUGUCAAGACAAAAGUAUAUGACUCCAAAAGUUUAAAAACAAUGAGAAUGAAGUCUUUAAGUGACAAUUUUACAUUUUUGAAACUGAUGAUGAGGCCCGGAAUCUCUUUAUGAAAAGACAAGAUCUGUAGUGAACAUUUCAAGUGAGUAUACUUCCUUCUUUAGUUGAAUUGAAGAGGAGUCUUGACACUUAAGUGCUCAAAAAAAGUGUUAAAACACUUUCUUGACCUUCUUCUGACAUUUUGAUAGACAUUGAAGUUUUUUCGAAUAAUUAGUACAGACUGAUGUUCUUUAAUUUUAAAGUAUGUUUGACAACAUGUUUCCAGAAAACAGAUACUGUUACUGUACAUAAAAAGAAAUAAAAGUGGGUUCCCGUGAAUUUUCACGGGACCAAAAAAUUGCUACCGAUAGUUUCCCAUAAUCUUUCAGUGCGCAACCGAAAAAUUGUUAUCCAUGGGAUUUGAAAUCCUAGGGCUUGAUUACUAUUCAAAUAGACUUCCAAGUAUUUUCAAUAAUUUCUUUAAAAGCAUUAAUAAAGUACAUCAAUAUGCAACCAGACUGGCCUCUAAGAAGUCUCAUUAUUUACUGAAAGCUAGGACGAAGUAUGGAAAAUUUAUAUACAUUUCAAUGGGGUUAACUCUGGAAUGCUAUGAAAGAAGAUCUACAUGUAAAAUCAGCGAGUCAUUUUUAAAAGCUUUUAAAAGAAUCUGUCCUCUCCAAACAUUGAUCGGUGUACUUUAUAUGCCGCUAAUUAUGUGUAAAGCCAAUGUUUUGGCUUGCCUCUUUGUUGAUUGGUAUGUGUAUUUGUUUAUUUAUUACAGCUUAUAUAUUUCUUCUUUGUGUGUUUUUGUGUGCAUUUGUUUAUUUAUAACUACUUUGAUACUGUAGUUACUUUUCCACAUGGCCCAGCCACUGAGCGCGAUUAGCUUUUGCUAUUUCUGAGUGGCUGUGCUCUCUCUUUUUUUUACAAUUAUUUCCUCUUAAUGUCUUUACAAUUUUUGUAUCAAGAGCACAAUGGGCAAUUCCAGAAAAUAUCCAUACCCAACCACGGACGGCUUCCAUGUUUUAACCCCCCCUUGCCUUCGGAAAUUCCAAAAUGCGCUACCCCCCCAUGCCCUCAGAAUUCCAUAGUCGUGAACCCCCCCUCCCCUUCAGAAUUUCCGGUUUUUUUUGGAAGUACAUUUUCGACUUAGCAACGCCUAUAAGAACAAACGAACAUGAAUUUAUGCCUCCUCAAGGCUGUGAUCUAGCGGCGCCAGGUGACAAGCUUUACUCUUCAGUGACAAGAAAAACCUACGCUAGUUGCCAGGCCGUGCAAACUCCUUUUUAAGUCUGAAUUUGGCUAUAAAAAUAAACACCACUUAAGGUAAUUUUACUCCUCUUUGUUUUCUUGUGCUGUUUUGACGUUUACAAAGGAAAAUAGCUCAAACAGACUGUUAAAAUCUUUUGGCGGUCAAAUAUACCGUCGAGUCGUGUUGCGUCCUUUUAUACGUCAUGUAGUGCGCACGAAAAGCGUUCUAACUGACAGGCGUUCCUUGGAAGUGAGGGACUGGUGCGAGUUUUUUACUGUUUAUCGGACGGUUUCGGACGGGAGUAACAAGGGGCGCUUUCCAUUUACGAAAAAAACCCGGAAAUUUCGGUGGUAGCAAAAGUGGAAUUUCCGAUCGGUAAAAAGUUGUUCCAUUUGGUCGUAAACCCCGGUACGUGGCCGGGUGCCCGACCGUGGACCUGGAACUGGUACAAACUAUAAGAAACGUCAAUGGAACACGACAUUCCGUUCGGAAAUUCCAACCGGGAAAACGGGACCACCUUUUUAGAUUUUCCACUUUUUCUGGGAAUUUUCCAGUGGGACGAACCGACAAAACGUGUUCCAUUUACCGCCGAACCGGAAAUUCCGGAAAUUUUGACUAAAUGGAAAGCGCCCAAGAAAUUUGCAAGGGGUAUUAAAAGAUACAUUUUCAGUUUUUAUUCACGUGACAAGAAAUUCAUCAAGGUAAAUGUGAAACCAACGUUUUACUGUUCACUUCUAUAAGUUAUGAGCGUAAACACGUGUCUGAUCUAUCGAUGCUUGUCUUCUGCUUCCGCGGUCAUACGUUCGUGGUUUAUUUACGAACUACAAAAGUCCACAACAAUAGCGUUUUCCAGGAACUUACUCUACACUUUCUACUCCAGAAAUCCCACCUGUGGAAUUCCCCCAUACCUUCGGAUUUCAAUUCGUAAUUACCCCCCCAUGCCUUCAGAAUUCCAUAAUUGUGAAUCCCCCCUCCCCUUCGGAAAUCCUUAAAGCCGUCCGUGGUAUGGUAUGGAUAUUUUCUGGAAUCGCCCAAUAAAGAUUGUUGUUGUUGUUGUUGUAGAUGGAACUAUGUUCUUGAGCAAUGAUUUUCAGUAGUUGCAGUUCUGUAUUGAUCUCAGGUUGUGCUAUAUUUAUUUAUUUUUAUUUUUUAUUUUAUUUUUACUCCAUCCUAUAAUACAUUAGUUGUACAAUAAUAAAAUUGUUGUACAAUAUCAAUAAUACAUUAGUUGUACAAUAUCAAUCGGUACAAAGUUGCUUAAACUACGUGUACAUAAUAAUAAUAAUAAAAGAAGAAAACUAGAAUGGAGAAGGGCACAUUAUAGUAAAACUAACCAGGGCCCUUUAACAAGAUUGACUUUAUUCUUUUGUAGUUUUGUUAUUCAUUAAAACACAAACACGUACACACACACACACACACGCACACAAGUCAAUAUUGAGCAAGAUAAUAUUUUUAAGUGCCUUUUUGAACAGGAUUUUCGAUGAUUUAUUGUGCUAUAUUACUAUGUACAUGUACACUGUAAUUAAUAAUAAUGAUUAAAUCAAUUAGAAGAAAUUCCUUGUAUUUAUCAUUUUCACUCUUAUUUCUUUUGAAGGCUGAAUUGGUUGCCCUUAGGCAUGACCUGGUGGAAGAAAGAGCUGCUAAACAAGUGUUGGAGAGGGAAGUUAACAAUCUGCUUCUUCAGCUACAUGCUGUUCAGCUCCAGCUACAUUCUAAUGCUGGGAUGCCUUUAGACUCAGAAAAUAUAAAGAACAAGCUAGUAAGUAGAACGUUGGCAUCUUUGAUUUGCAGUUGUCUGUACAAUGAGCUUAAGGGGUAAUUUUAUUUUGAACCUCUACACACAAUGGACAUCUUUGGAACAGUAUGUGGUACACCUGUAGCUGUUGUAUGGAGGUGGCCUUAGUAUAGAGGUAGGGACUUCAGUGGAAGUGUGAUUAGCGGAUAGAGGAAAAAAAGAUUUUAAACUUUGAUGGCUACUGUGUGAAUCUGUAUGGCAAUUGACUUAGGGCCUUUCUGCACUAGCAGACAAAUUUUGGAACAUUUGUACAUGUAUUCAUUUUAUUCUUAACAGACUGUCACAUCUGUCGUUACUUAAUGGAAAAAAUAAUGGUUUUCUUUGUGUUUUCUUUAUGAAUUAUUAAUGAGUUUGAGAAGCUAGUUUACAGGUCUGUGAUUGUUUUCCAGUGGCCUUAAAUCCUUGAUCAGUGAAAGUUUUUUGCUCUGGAGAUGCUUGAAAACCUCAAACUCCAAAUCCUCAGCUCUCUUGAUUUCUUUUUCAUCUAAUUGAGAGUUAGUGACAGCUCUGAGAACCAAUAGAGAGCUCAAGCAACAUUGACAGCAACAGCAACAGCGACGAGAAUUUAUGGCAAAAAAGCAUUAGGUUUAAAUAAGCAAAACAACAACUUUAUGUGUGCAUCAUGUUUCUUGUACAUUUAUUUUCUUUGCUAUCACUUCACUGUGAAACUACCUAUAUUGAAUUGCACUUUUUAUGGAAGAUGUGAAUGCAAGACAAUGACUCUCUUUUCCCUUUCAUGAACUUGGAAACAGUCUUUUAGUAUACAAUGCUAGAAACAUUUGCCAACAUUUGAUGAAUUGAGCAAGAUGGGAUUAAGUGUGAUAAAUUUUGAAGCAGUGUCAAUUCACUUUUUAAGUGACGUUUUUGUAGCUGUUGUUGUAGUUGUUGCUUAAGCUCCCCAAUGACUCACUUUACUCCACCAGUGUCAGUGUUGAAUACAAGAAUAAUGCAUCUGUUCUUUACUUGUUUUUAGGAAAAUGAGAUGAUGAGAUAUAAGACUGAUGCCAUGAAAGAAGCUCGUAUGGAAUGUCAAAUUAAACAAAUAGAGAAAGAAAAUGUAGGGUUGAGGAACCACAUCUUUUCACUUCAGGGUGAAGUGUAUGGAGCAAGACUCGCUGCAAAGUAUCUUGAUAAAGAGUUAGCUGGAAGGUAAUCUAUGUGACGUAAAGGCAUGCAUAAACUAAAUGAGUUGUGAUAAUACUUAAUAGUGGUGGGAAUCGGUUGAGAUUUCACAAUCGACCAUGGGCAAACACAUUCAAUCUUAGAUUAUAUCUGCUGUCAUGACUUAGAAGUUAGGAGUCCACGAAAAAAGACAAUUCACACCAAGAUAUUAAACAUACAUUUUUAUUGAUUUUAAUACUUUUAUUUGUCGCCAAUAAAUUUUUAAUUUUUCCGCGACAAUCGAUUAUGAAAAAAGCAUAAUCGAUUGUCGCGUCACUUGAACUUUUCGAUCAACUUUCGAUUAUAAUCGAUCAUCGGCCCACCACUAAUACUUAAUAAUACUUGUGAUAGUACUUUUUUGAUAAGAGUAAAACUACUGUAUGCAGCUGUCAAUUCAUAUAUAUCUCAAUGUAAAAUGUAAACGUGAUAUAUGAAACAUAAAGCUGAGAUUUAAUAAAUCAUGUAUUUGCAUUUUUUGAUACACUGUGUAGAUAAAAGUAAGAUGAAGAUAAAUAUAUAACACUUAUUAUUAUUCAUUCAAAAUAUUUCCUUGAUUCUGAUUGGCUAAAAGCACACAGUUGAUUCACCAUAACCAGUUACUGAUGACCAAAUGUGGAAGAAUUUUGUGUGACGUCAAAAAUGCAGCGUUUUCGCAGGUUAAGGCACUGUUAACCAAGAAGACCUGGGGACGAGCUUGUGUUAUUUUUGGCAGACAAACAUCACUCCUCAAAAUUUUGAGGACAACUAGUAGUUGUGUGUUAUGACUGUAUUACUUUUGGAACCAAUGAAGUCAACUUAUUAUUAAAAAAAGAAUAUAAUAUCAUGGGUGACAUAUAACUUCUUAAUCUUGGUGAGAAAUUUCAGUGUUUAUUUGAUACGAUGUACAUGCAAAAAACCCAUGAUCCUGAGCAUAAUUGUCACCUAUGAUAUUAAUAUGUAAUUUUAAUACUCAUGAAAUUAGGGAAUAAUUUCACAUGCAUUUUGUCGAAAUCCUGGACAAAAUGCACUUGAAAUUAUUUCCUAAUUUUACUUUCAGUCUUCAACAUUUGAUUAUGCAUAUUAUUGUUUAAUAGUAAGGAGUCUUCACUGAGGAUAUUACAUGUAUGUGGCUGCUCAGGGAUACAAAAUUUUACUUUGAGUGUUGGAAAAUAUAUCAGCAGGAAGCAGCGUGCAAAGAAAGUACUGUCCGAUAGCGCGGGGCUAGUGGAUUUUGCUAUCAGGCUAGCGAAUUCUGUUUCUGACUUGCCCGAUGGGCAAGUGAUAUCUUUUGAGGAAUUCGAAUAACAGCUAGAAGAACUGUGAAAUCAAUUCUGCGAGUCAAAAUUAAAAAGUUUUUGGGGCUAGUUGAAAUGACGUCUGGACUAGUAUAUGCUAGCUUCAGCUUGCUCGACUGGCAAGCUGUAAAAUGAUUUUCUUUGCACCCUGCAGGAAGAGAAAUUUAAUAUUUACCAUGUAAUGUUAUAUUAUAAAUAAUAUUUAUUAUCUCAAUUACCAAUAAAAUACCAAGCCAUUUCAGUUCAAUAUAUAUUUUUUUGCUGCAAAAGGUGCGAUUGAUCUUGGAGCCAUAGCAACAGAGGUCUUUUCACAUGUGAAGAUAACGUGUUAUUUUCAUGUUCAAAGAUAUCAAGUUUUUUCGCACCAAAGCCUCCCUGAUAUUUAUUGGUACUUUUAAUAAUAGUAACUAUAAAUAAUAAUUAUACACUGUUAUUUUUAGAAUACAACAAAUUCAGCUGCUUGGCCGUGACAUGAGGGGCAGUGAACAUGACCAACUGUGGAAUCAAAUUGAGGCUGAAAUUCAUCUGCAUAGACACAAAACUGUCAUCAGAGCAUGUAGAGGGAGGAAAGAUCCUAACAAUAAGACACCAGCCCCACCGCCACCUAAACCUGAAGAAUUAGAAAGUGAAGAGGAUGCUGAAAGUAAAGCAAGAAAAAGAAGAGGCAUCGGUGAACCAAGGACAGUUGUGAUUCAUAAAGAAAAAACAGAGGGACUAGGAAUAUCAAUAACGGUGAGGGUCAUGAUUGGCAGUUUUAGGCUGAUCACUUGGGUAUAAUAUUAUUUUUUUUUUGUCAGUUGUGUUGUCUACCCCUUGUCUUAAAUGGAGAACCAAAGAUUUUGUCUGAAACACUGGGUCAGGGUUUGAUUGCCUCAGCUUCAUUACCUUACCCAAGUUUUCAUGAAGUGCCACCCCCUCCCCUAUCUUUCUUAAUUGUGUCAAUAACGAAAUUCUGGAAAGUGAUUUUUUCUCAGCAGUCCUUAUUUAUUGCUAACUCCAGCUUAUGUACAGUGUACACCGUAUUCCGAUAGUUUCAUAUUUAAUUAAAAUAUUCCAACAGUUUCUCCCAAUCUUGUAAGCCAUGUUUUUGUUUUGGUGUAAUACAUUGUACAGUUGUAAGAACUUUGUACUGAAACAAAUUAAAUGCUAUUUCAAUCCUGAGCUUUUCGUUAUUGACACAGUGAAUUGGUACAAAUAUGUAAUAGGAUUUUGUGUUGUACAAUUCAUGAUAAUGGGGGCUGAAAUUUCAAUUCUUCCUUGCGGAACAUGCUCGGCUGAUUUGAAGUUACAUGUACCUGUCCUGAAUCAUACAUCACAGGGCUCGAAAUUAAAAAAAUCUUCAGGUCGCCUUUUGGCGACAAACUGGAGAAAUGUAGUCGCCAGGUACAAAUUUUUAGUCGCCAGUUUGUAUGAUGUAAAUGAAGCAGCUCACAGUAUCAGCUUGGCUUCUGAUAUUUAGCGCGGUCGCUGAGCCGCGAAUUUCAGGUAAACCUGCAAAAUCCCGUGAAAUUCACAAUAAUGUGCGAAAUACCGCGAAAUUCGCGAGAAAUCUUAUCAAAUACUUGUCGAUACAACAUAUCUGAAACUCAUUUCGGCUAAUGGGGCUGUUUAAUUGCCGAAACCUUGCAAAUUUACCUUGAAACUUCAUCACCACAAUGCGCGAAAAAUGUCUCAAAAUUACCAGGCGUAAACUAUGUUGCGAAACACUGGGCACUAGUCAUGAUGUUAAAAGCUUUGCCAUUGGCUCAUUUCUCGAGCGCUUUGUUGCUAGAAUAUGUUAGAUUAUCUCUGUUAAAAACAUCACACACGGUCGUCAAAUCAGUGCAAAAUCAAUCGAUUUCGAGCGAAAUUUGCCCACAAAAUUCCCACGAAAUCGGCUGUUUUUCAGCGAAGUUAGCCGUGAAAAUUUCUGCCAAAUCUGUCUCUGAAAAUCCCGUGAAAUUUUACUUCCGCGACCUAGAUCGCACUAUACUACAGGGCUUCUGAUAUCAGAUUUGAUCGUUUAAAAAUAUCGCGGACAGAAGUCGGUAUAAAUUUGGAGAUAAAUUGGCUUUGUUUAUGCGAUUUAGCACAUUUUGUAUGACGAAAGCAAAGCAAGAAAAGAUGAAAUUUUUGUUUUAACAGACUUUACUCUUUUAAUUUAAAUCUAUAUCAUAGAGAAAUCUGGUCGCCAAAGUGCGACUAAGCCAGAAGUUUAAGUCGCCAAGGAGAAAAUGCUAGUCGCAUUGGCGACUGUAUCAGUCGCAAUUUCGAGCCCUGCAUCAUGGCUUGUACUCCUGUCAGUCCUAUAACCAUUACUAAUUAUGUGAAAGGUUUUGAACCCAGGAGUCAUUUCAAAAGUAGGUUAAGUUUGAUCGUCCAGGUGAACGUAGUCCUGAAUAGGACUGUUGUUGUUGACAGUGACUGACGUUUCAAUAACCUGUGCGGUAGUCAUCUUCAGAGUCAAAGUGAGUUGUAUCACGUCAGUUAAUGGUAUUAUACUCUGGUUAUUGAUCUGAUUGGUCAAUUACGUCGCGAUGUUUUUGGUCGUCUGUCAGUUAAGCCGUGAUGUUAUUGGCUAUGAAGGCUCGUAAUCAGUAAUUGGUACAUUUCGAUCCAUCUAUUGUCACAGUUAAACAGUCAUCUAUUGUUAGUCAAAUUGUCAGUUCUCCACUAGAGUCGUUCUCUCGUAGUUAGUUUUGCUUGAUCUCAUCAAUUAUCCAUUAAUUAUCCAAGCUGUUCCCCUUUGAUGUCUUAUUCCUUCUUCACUUAUUUUUCUCUUCUUUCUUAACUUCUAAUAAGUGAAGAAGGAAUAAGACAUCAAAGGGGAACUAGCCAGGCACAUUUUCAAUAAUGUUGUUAGUUGUAGGUUUUUGAAAUAAACUUGCACGUACCAUUCCCAUAACCAUAAAGGUUUUUGAUACUGCUUCUAGGGUGGGAAGGAACAUGGUGUACCCAUCAUUGUAUCUGAGAUUCAUGAAGGUUUGCCCGUGGACAGAUCAGGAGGACUUUAUGUAGGUGAUGCUAUACUAGCAGUUAAUGGAAUUGACCUACAAGAAGCUAAACAUAGUGAGGCUGUGAAAGUCUUAUCUGCAGUACAUGGUGAAAUUACACUUGAGGUACUCUAUGUUGCACCAGAUGAUUCUAGUGAUGAUGAGGACACAUGGGAAGAGGAUGAAACACAAAGGUAAAUAACUAGAGGUUAUUACAUGGCAGUGCGAUAACACUCUAAGAGAAAUCUCUUAUCUCCAAGCGGCCAUGCAAUGUUCUAUUUAUUACAUACAUAAACACCAAUGAAAUAUCAAACUAUUUCACUUUAAUUUUUUGCAGUUGCAAUUUUUCAACUGUGAUCUUUUCAGCUGUGAUGAUAACAUGUUAUUUUCACGUGUUACUGUGAAGAUAUCCGUUUUCGUGUGAAAGUUCAUGUGGUGUUUCAUUGGUGUUUGUGUAAUAAAGUAUUCUUAAUUUAAACAAUUAAUUUAUGAUAAUUUACCACUUAAGAAACAAGAAGGAAACUGGAGCCAAAAUAUGUCCUGCAAUUGUUUCUGAGAUUGUUAUUGGAGAUGCACUGGUCAGAUAUUGGCCAAUGUUGUUUCCAUGUCCCUAGUACAAUCCCAGGCCCAGUCCGGCUUGGUUUGUAAGCACACAUGUAUGUGAGUGAUUAAACAAAAUCAGACAACUGCAUACUGAGAGUCAGAUAUGUUUAAUUAUGACGUUAUUACAGACAGACAAAGUCUUGUUACAAUAGAUCAGAACUAACAAAAUCUGUAAUAAUUAGACUUCUAUUGUGAUAAAAACACUAGAUCUCCCAAGAUUUUUUGGUAGACUGGAGAAAAUGAAGAACUCCUUUAUAUGGCUUCGCUGCUUCCUGUCCACUCGAAAUGAAGAGCUUUCUUGUUGGCUAAUCAAACAGUUCAAUUCAACUUUUUAUUUCACUCUGUCACACAAAACUGAUAAUUUUUAAAAAUAUAAUAAUAAUAGAUUAUUAUAUGUCCAAAUAAUUUACAAUUUCAAUAUUAUUAAAGAUUUACAAGGGAAAAAAGAGGAGAGGGAAAAGAAGCGGUGUUAAAUACUCGUUGUUUGUAUGGAGUUUGGGACACCGAAAUAAUUAAUAAGCCUUAUCGAGUGGAUGUCAUAAAAUAAAUGUGAGCUGAAGGAAUAAACAGUUACAGAACAUUGGCUAUGGAGUUCAAUAAUUAGUUAACUUUGACACAAACUGCUUUAAGAGUUAAUGACACUAUUAUACCUAUCAAUCAUGGACAAUAGAGCUGAAAAUAAGACAUUAUUAUGGCGGAAGAUAUUUCACCAAUUUCAAGGUGUUUGAUAUUGUGAUAAAACAUUCUGUCUCGUGUUUUAUAGCGCUGCGACUUGAUGACGUAAUGUUUUAAGGCUACAAGUUGAUCUCUUCUAACUCAUGCCGACUGAUUCUGUUUUAAUUUGAAGGUACAGUAUGCUGGGCAAAGUAGAAGAUCCUGCAAAUGAACUUUCUAAUGGCGAUAUCUACAUGACAAACUCAAAAAGAGAUCCUUCAUCACACUCUACACAAAAUACUACUGGCAAUGAUAAUCCACAUCGGAGGUAAUGUUAAAUGUUAUCUCUCACCUUUUUGGUUGUCUUUUGCUGACACCUUGUGUAACGUUCAUAUGUAACUGAAUCGAGAGAAGUGCUGUAAGUCAGGGAAACAGCGAAGAAUACAUAUAUAACUGCUGGUGUCCAAUGAAAUCCCCAUGGAAUCCCAUAAAGUUGUCACUGAAUGCUCUAACUACAUACAUCCAAACAUCAAUGUUAUAGUCACCUUAGAGACAAUUAAUUGCUUACUGUAAGUGAACAGAGAUAUUUAGAUGUAGCCCAAAAUAGGAAGUGAUUUCGUAUCCUUGAACUGUUGCACUUUCUUCCUCGGUUGCUUCCUCCCUCCCCUUCCCCUCUCUAGCGUACCUAGCUGUCGUUUUUGUUGGGGAUAGCGUGAGCGAAAACGGGCUCUGGAAACAACGGGAAACCGCGGUUUCGUCGCUUAUAUUUGCGCGCUCACCCGCCAAUACCUUUAGCUACGCAGGCUAUCUCCUUACAGCCCCGAUCUUCCUCUUCCUAUUUAAUUGUUUAUCCAGUGUCUACUCUUUUUGCCCUUUGUCUGUUCCUAUGCCCUCCAUUAAAACCGCUGUCAUAAAAUUAAUUUAAUGUCUUGUUGACCUUCAUGUUAGAUUUAUUUUACAUAUGGUAUGUUUUUAUUUUGACCUGUGUACGGUGUAGAUACAUCUAGAUUACUCGCAAUCUAUCUGGAGAAUACCCCUGAACACUACGUUUAUUUGAUUUACAUGUUGGGCAAACGUUUCAGACUACACUGUCUUUAUGAGUCGUUUUGGAAGGGAUUUGAAUAAGCGUUGACGGUCGCGUUCUCUUCAGGACGCGCCAGCAAGAUUAAACAUUUGAAACCGGCAAGAUAAACAGUCUUUAAUCUAAUUCAAGUCCCUUCCAAAACAACUCGUAAAGACUCGACAACACAGGUAAAUAACAACGGAUUACGAUGAAGCUUACACAGCAUUUGGGUUCCCUGUGAUUUUACCUACCGUUAUCUAAUCAGUUUUUAUCUCAUUUUUCAUUUGCUUGCGGCAGCCCUCCGUCCUCACCUCGAUCGCUUUAUUCUCAUCCUGGCGCCGCUCAACCAGUCAGCGCCAGCGCAGCUCCUGAAUCACCGAAAAAAUAUACCAAUCCAGCGACAAUUCCAGGCACAUUUUCAACGACAGUUGACAGCAGAGGGAGUAACUCCAACUUGUCCUCAAGAUCGAGCUCACAGUCUUCAUUAUCAUUAGCAUCAUCUCUAUCACCUCAACAAGCUGGAACCUUGAAUGUCGGACGAUUGGAACCUUUGAUACAAGCACCAUCUGAAAGCAAUGAUGCCAGCUCAGAACUUUUUUCACCUACAACGUGA